CAGAAAUCCACAUGAGAAAUUGUCAUCGAUUUGAAGGGAAAGUUGCUAUCGUCACUGCAGCCACCAAUGGGAUCGGUCUUGCCAUUGCUGAACGCCUUGGUAGCGAAGGAGCAGCCGUUGUCAUUUGUAGUCGGAAUCAAAAAAAUGUAGAUGACGCAGUAAAUUACCUUCGUUCUAAAGGAGUCUCGAAGGUAGAAGGAAUCGCAUGCCAUGUAGCCAACAAAGAGCAUCAACAGAAUCUUGUUGACUUUGCAAUUGACAAGUUUAAAGGCAUUGAUAUUUUGAUCAAUAAUCAUGGUAUUAAUCCAGCAUUUGGACACAUUCUAGAUGUCGAUGAGAAAGUUUGGGAUAAACUGUUUGAAGUGAAUGUCAAAGCCGGCUGGCAACUCACAAAACUUGUUCAUCCUCACAUGAUCAAGAGAGGAGGAGGCAAUAUUAUCUUCAAUGCUUCCAUAGGAGCUUACAAAUCACCACCAGGGAUUGCUGCUUAUGGCGUUACGAAAACUGCACUCCUUGGUCUCAUAAAAGCUUUAGCCAAUGGUUUGGCCAAAGACAAUAUUAGAGUGAAUGGCAUUGCUCCAGGAGUUAUCAAAACGAAAAUGAGUAAACCGCUGUGGAGCGGUAAUGGCGAAGAAGGUGAAAAAGAUAUGGUAGAAGCUCUGGAUAUACCUCUCGGUCGACUGGGAGUUUCCGAAGAAUGCGCAGGAGCAGUCGCAUUUCUUGCAAGUGGUGAUGCAAAAUAUGUAACCGGGGAAACGAUAGUUAUAGCAGGCGGAGUACAUGCAAGAUUGUAGCUCUCAUGAUAGUGGUAUACUGUAUACUUGUUGACCAGUGCUAGGCAAAAAACAAGAUAUUUCUAAACUUGAAUUGUUGGUGCAUAAAAUUGAUGAUAAAGCUGGC